CAACAUCACAGCUACAAUAAACAAUAACAACAACAAAAACUACUCCCUCCUACCGCUGCCAGCAUUCCAAGAACAAAAAUUGGAAAAAUCUACACGCAACAUGAAAAACGACGUCGUGCGAUGGAGCAGGCAGCCAACAAGCAACAUCAUUAGCAGAAAUAUCAGCAGCAGCAGCAGUAGCAGUAGCAGCAGCAACAGAAACCACACCAACAGAAGCAAAUGCAACAAAUUGAAUGUGCAACAUGCUGCGAGAAGGAGAGCCGCCUCACACACAAAUGUUGCAUGGAACAAUGCCUGUCAGCAGCAGCAGCACGAAGAAGAACAACAAACAAUCAUUGAAUGUGAUAUAAGAAAUUUCAAUUUCAAUUGCAAUUUAUUCAAAAUUAGUUUUUUACCGCAUUGCAAAACGAAACUAAGUGGCAACAACAACAACAACUACAACAAAAAUAGUAGACAUUCAACAAAAACGAAAAGAAUAACAACUAAUGCAACAUCGGCAUUGCUGUUCAUUUUGCAAUUUAGUGCCGUAGUUUUUUUAUGUAAUUUUAAUGUCGGUUUCGUGGAUGGAAGUGUGGCAGCAGCCUCCUCCUCCUCCUCCGCCGCAUCAGCGCCACCAACGCCCGCUCCUCCAUCACUCAAAGUGGAUGCUGGCCAAUCGCCAGUGCUGCCACCCUAUGUACUCGAUUAUGAGUCGGGUGGCAGGGCCAAGUUGACUCCCAACAAUGGGGCAAAGUAUGGCAACUCUGGUGGCAGCGGCAGCGGCAGCAACAACAACGCUGUCGGACACUAUACACACACCUGGGCGGUGCAUAUACCCAAUGGAGAUAAUGGCAUGGCCGAUGCGGUAGCCAGGGAUCAUGGUUUCGUCAAUUUGGGAAAGAUCUUUGAGGAUCAUUAUCACUUUGCACAUCACAAGGUCUCGAAGCGUUCCCUCACACCUGCCACACAUCACCAGACGCGUCUCGAUGACGAUGAGCGCGUGCAUUGGGCCAAACAGCAAAGGGCCAAGUCCCGAGCCAAGCGAGACUUUAUACGCAUGCGACCCUCCAGAACCUCAUCGCGUGCCAUGUCGCAGGUGGAUGCCAUGCCCUUUGACGAUGCCAAAUGGCCGCAGAUGUGGUAUUUGAAUCGCGGCGGUGGCCUCGAUAUGAAUGUGAUACCCGCCUGGAAGCAGGGAAUAACCGGCAAGGGUGUGGUUGUCACCAUACUGGACGAUGGCCUCGAAUCGGAUCAUCCAGAUAUCGAACAGAACUAUGAUCGCAAAGCCUCGUAUGAUGUGAACAGCCACGAUGAUGAUCCCAUGCCGCACUAUGACAUGACCGACUCGAAUCGGCAUGGCACACGGUGUGCUGGCGAGGUGGCUGCCACGGCGAACAACUCGUUCUGUGCGGUGGGCAUUGCGUAUGGGGCAAGUGUGGGCGGGGUGCGGAUGCUGGACGGUGAUGUGACCGAUGCUGUGGAGGCGCGUUCGCUCUCGCUCAAUCCGCAGCACAUUGACAUCUACAGCGCCUCGUGGGGACCGGACGACGAUGGCAAGACGGUCGACGGACCCGGCGAAUUGGCCUCGCGCGCCUUCAUCGAGGGCACCACCAAGGGCCGUGGCGGCAAGGGCAGCAUCUUCAUUUGGGCGUCGGGCAACGGUGGCCGGGAGCAGGAUAACUGCAAUUGCGAUGGCUACACCAACUCCAUUUGGACGCUGUCCAUAUCGAGUGCCACCGAGGAGGGCCAUGUGCCCUGGUACUCGGAGAAGUGCAGCUCCACCCUGGCCACCACCUACAGCAGCGGCGGGCAGGGCGAGAAGCAGGUGGUCACCACAGACUUGCAUCACUCGUGCACCGUCUCGCACACGGGCACCUCCGCAUCGGCCCCGCUGGCCGCCGGCAUUGCCGCCUUGGUCCUGCAAUCGAAUCAGAACCUCACAUGGCGCGACCUUCAGCACAUUGUGGUGCGCACCGCCAAGCCAGCAAACCUCAAGGAUCCCAGCUGGUCGCGCAACGGAGUGGGCCGCCGGGUUAGCCACUCCUUUGGCUAUGGCCUGAUGGACGCCGCUGAGAUGGUGCGCGUGGCACGCGACUGGAAAACAGUGCCAGAGCAGCAACGCUGCGAAAUCAAUGCCCCCCAUGUGGACAAGGUCAUUCCGCCGCGCACACACAUCACGCUCCAGCUGACUGUCGCACACUGCCGCUCUGUGAACUACUUGGAGCAUGUCCAGGCGAAGAUAACGCUAACAUCCCAGCGAAGAGGCGACAUUCAGCUCUAUCUAAGGUCGCCAGCCAACACCAGUGUGACGCUGCUAACGCCGCGUGUCCAUGACAACUCGCGCAGUGGCUUCAAUCAGUGGCCCUUCAUGUCGGUGCAUACCUGGGGCGAGUCGCCGCGUGGCAACUGGCAGCUGGAGAUUCACAAUGAGGGUCGCUAUAUGGGCCAUGCUCUGCUCAGAGAGUGGUCUUUGAUCUUCUACGGCACCACACUGACCAUCGAUCCCAAUGAUCCCAUUUCGGUGCCGCGUGCAAAUAGUGCAGAGGCCACCACGCCCAAUACCAGCAGCAGUGGCACCACCAGCAAUCUCCAUCAGAUCUACUCGCCGCAGUAUCCGCGGAUAUCACCGAAUAACUUUGGCAACACACCGGCGAAUGGGGCCAAGUUGCCGCUGGGCGGAAAAUCAACGCCGAAUAAGUCCAGCUUUGUGACGAAUAAUCCUUUGAUUAAUUCGGGACCCAUCAAGCAGGGCUAUCAGCAGAUCUCGGCCACGUAUGGUGUGAUACUUGGGAAGAAUAAUCACAACAACAGCAACAGCAGAGGGAACAAUCAGAAGUCCAAUAACAAGGCCAACAAGCCCAAGGGCGGGGAAAGUGGCAGCAACAAGGAGAGGAAUGGCAAGAAUAACAAUGCAGGAGGCAACCGAAAGGAGCAGAACAUACAGAGCACCACAGCAGCCAGCAGCAGCGGCAGCGGCAGCAGCACCACCAGCAGAAAUAAAUACUAUCGCAUAUCGCAGCAGCAGGCGAAGGCCAACAAACAGGACAGGAAUGGAGUGCAGACACCGCGACCCAAGGCCAAUUCGGGAGAGAAGUCCUCCUCCUACGAGGACAAGGGCCGCAAGGUUGUUGGGGAGAUCAAUUCCAGUGGCAGUAGCAGCAGCAGCAGCAGCAACAGUGGGGGACGCAACUCCUCCGCUUCGCAGAAUCUGCCUGUAAAGGCGACCAAACAGGUCAAGGGACAGGACACCGACUCGCGUAUACCCAAACUCUUUGAGCGAUACGAGAAGAUACAGGCGAUAUUCCCGGAGCUGGAGCCCUACGAAAGCACUGCACCAAAGACCAAAGCCAACAGCAACAACCAACCGCGCAAGCAGGGCAAGCAGUUCGAGGUGGAUAUGUUCAAACCCACAACGGGGGGGAACAGUCGUCAGGGGAAUACCAAAAAAUCGCCAUCGGUGCCGCCGCCAUCCUCACAGAUGCAGCAGCCUCUUCAGCCGGAAGAUCUGCCAGCUGGAGGGAGUCGCUUUCUGCCUGAUUUACCCGCUGGAGGGAGUAGCUUUCUGCCCGAUCAGAAGAUACUCAAGAAGCAGCAGCUGCUAAUGGCCGCCGCUGGGGUCAUGGCACCCGUCGAAGUGGAAGUCCAAGACUCAUUCUCCUCCUCCGCCGCUCAGGGGAAUGCCAGGAAGAACAGCAAUGGACCAAAUGCACAAAUCACACAAUGGGACAUGAUAUUCUAUGGCACGGAGACGCCCGCACAGCCGGAGGACCAAGCGAAUGUCAACCAACAGAAUCAAUUUAAUUUAUAUGGCAACGAUAUGGCACACAAUGACAUCGAGUACGAGGUCACCGGCCAAUGGCGGAAUAUGCAGCAGGUGGGCGAUGUGGGCAUGACACAAGAUCGAAGCAACACCGCUGCGUGCCUUAAGUGGAGCGAUCGAAAGUGCUUAGAGUGCCAGGAUCCGGCGUACAUUUACGAGGGCCUCUGCUACGAUCAGUGCCCCAGGCAUACCUAUCCCCAUGACGAUGCACAGGAUCAGGAUGAUAUACUGGAUGAUGCCAGCACAGAGGGCAGUACCACCAGCAUCGGCACAGAUCAUCACAACAUUUCCAACAGCAUAGACGACAAGCAGGACCCUCUGCAGGCAGAGGACCGUCGUCGUCGUCGCAACUCCCCGCUCAUAACGCCACUGCUGGUGGCACAGAGCCGGAUAUGCGCCGUGUGCCACAAAAGCUGCCUGGCCUGCUACGGGCCCCUGGCCGCCCAGUGCAGCACCUGUGCGCCAGGCAGUCAGCUGCGAAAGACCCUCAAUGAGACCUUCUGCUAUGCCUAUGUGGUGCGCAGCACGGGCAUGGCCACUGUCGUAGAAGUCUCCGAGGAGGAGGCCAGUCACGAGCAGACACUGCAAUACAUGACGGGAACAACGGUGCUGCUCCUGAUUGUCGUGGUGCUCACCCUCAUGGGUGUGGCCGUGGCCGGGGGCAUUGUCUACAGCCGGCGUGCAACGGCGGCGCGCUCCAGUGAACUCUACUCGCGGGUGGCCCUCAUGGCCGACGACGACAGUGACGAGGAGCACGAAGACGAGCUCUUCAGGACACACAUAUUAGGUAAGCCCAAGGAAGUGUUGGAGUAUCGGGACGAAAUACAGCCGGAGAAGGCGCCACCCGAAGACAUUUCCGAAGCAGGCAACGACGAUGAUCAGCGGGAAAACAACCACCUGGCACCCUAGAUAAACAUACAUAUUAUAUAUAUAUUUAUUUGUGUGAGUGUGUAGACCUCAUCUGCAUUUAGCUACUUUUACCACCAGAUCAGCAAUGGGUGAAUAUUUCUCAGCAAACAAACUGAUUGACGGAUUCACCAUUUUUGGUUAAUAUUUUGUUACAUUUUACGCACACUAUUACACACACUGUUAUACGUAUAAACCAAAACUCCGAACAUAGAUUAAAAAGUAUUAAAACAAUC